AUAUAUAUAAUUAUAUUUUCUAUGGAGAGUGGAGAGUAUCGUGGUAACAAAAAAAUAAAAAUUAAUUAAAAACGCGAUAGUAAGUGGUGAUUUAGUUUAGAUUCGAUAAUUAAUAAAAUUAAAAGAAAAAAACGGUGGCUUCAACUUGAUUUAUUAGGUAAAUUUUAGGAAUAAACUCUCAAAUAAUCGGGGCUAAAUCAAAACAAAAAGUUAUAUUAAAUUAUAAUUCGCAAGAAAGUAUUGAUUACAAAUUUUUUUGUGUUAAAUUUUCGUUUUCAUUCGAGAAAUCUAAGUUGCGGUUAACUUUAUUAACGAAGAGAGACAAAGUUGAGGUUAUGUUCGUUCGGAUACAGUGAUUGAUUUGUAUUCGCUAUGGUUCUAUUUGGGAUGUAUUUUAAACUAUUAGAAAUGGCCGGAUCAAUAUAUCUUUCAUUAAAACCCUUCGAAUAUAAACAAUGGGCUGAGUCGAUUGAAGAAGUUAAUAAAUGUAAAUUAAUUGUUGUGAAAUCCUGUUGAGCACUUAACUAUCACCAAAUUAAUUGAAAGUAUUGACAAAAAAUUUAUUUAUUACAGUAUUAAAAAUGUCAGGAUUAACAUAUCCUUCAUUAAAACCUUUCUAUAAUAGACCGUGGGGUGAGUGGUUUGAAGAAGUGGAUAAAUGUAAAAUAACUUCUGAUGAUAAAUGUGAAGACAAAACCGUAAAUUCCUCAGUAAGCUUGCUACCUAGAAAAGACAUCCUCUUGUAUGGUACCUGUCCAAAAAAUGAUGUGCGCGUUUUGUGUCGUUGCGAGCGAUGCAACAAACUUUUAAUGCCCGUCGCCUAUGUGAAACAUAUGAACGAAAAGCAUGGGCCUGAUCAGCAUCCCCAGUCGCUCCCUGUUGUGCAACCGGGCACAAGUUUGCUCAAAAAGAAAUAUUCCCAUUCGAAGAAUAAGAAGAAAAUCAAUCCACCGCCAGUUCCACCUCCCCCCUUAUUUCAGACGUACGAAGCGCCAGUGCCGGCGUCCCCAAUCCAAGCACCGGCCGCCAUCUCGGCAGCCUCAACUGCAACGACAACAACGUCAGCAACAGCAGCUGCCACAGCAACGGCCGCCGCAGUCCCGUCCGGGGCGUCCGGCACGACAACCGCCGCCCCGACGGUCGUUUGUGCAGCAGCAACGAGCGAGGGGAAAUCAGGUGCCAUGCAACCGGUGCACGCUGCGAAAUCAGAGCACGAGGUACUCGCUGAGGCCGCGCCAAACCCCGUCAGUCCUGCCGGGGUCGGCACGGACCCUACGGACGGCUACAGCAUUGUCGUCAACAUCCCGGUCUCUAACUCCACCUCCUCCUCCUUCUCCUCGUCGUCGUCUUCGUCGAAACACAAAAAGUCCAAAAAAAGCUCCAAGAAGGUCAAAGAAUUCGACCCGGACAAGCACUGCGGAGUCUUUGAGGGGAAUAAAGGACCGUGCUUAAGAUCUAUCACGUGCUCUAAUCAUAUGAUACAUUUGAGAAAAGCGGUGCCGGGACGUAGCAAAGACCUUCAUCAGCUUAUUGCCGACCAUAAGGCAUCUAAAGAUAAAGAAACUGUUAAGCAGCCCGUAUCCGGUAUUCCAAAAGCAACGUCGCUCACCACUUCUUCAUUGCAUCCCGUACAGGCUGUUCCGACGUCAAUACCAACGGCUACGGCGGUUUUAACCACUGCAACAACGGCCACAACUAAGUCCUCCGACGUACAUGUCAUAACGCAACCACUCCAUAUAUCCGUACCCAGUACCGGCGUCAGUAUAGUUUCAUCUCAGGGAAAUAACGAAACUUGUACUUCUGUCGUUUAUAUGCCUAUGAGUCCUGUCGCUGUUGUCUCACCCGUUCAGCUGGGUGGACCUAUACUUCGUGUAGCAUCCACGCAACCAGUUUUAAGUCCUCCAUUAGCGACCCAACCGAUUGUCGUGACAAUACCAGUACAAACGAGCGGAGCACCUCAAUAUCCAGCACAUCCCAAACCGCUGGUGAUGUCGUCUUCAUCGACAAGGAAAAUUGGAGGUACGUUUGUACUGCAAAACCAGCGGAUCGAUCGACAACGUAGUGAAAUUCAAGUAGCUUCAAACGCCCGUCGAGCAAUUUCUAAUUCGUGCACGAUCGUCAAUACCCACCAUAAGCCUAACAUAUUGAAGAAUUCCGUUAGAAGCGGAGGAAUAAAAACUGGCGGAGGAGUUAAACGACAGGCGUCUGAUAAAUUGGUUAACGACAAUAACAAACAUAUUAGGUUAAGCGAUGUGAACGGGUUUAUUUUGCACGCCGACGUUAGCGAAGGUGCUGAGGCACCGCAAACGGCCCAAACAAAUAAUUCGAUACACGAGAAAGUCGCUUUUAUUAAUAUGAAAUGAGGUUCCAUGUGAUUUCCUACGGUUCGCGUAUAUUUCAUUUAAAAGUAAUAAUGCGGAAAGGUAAUAAGAAAUAAUAAUAAGAGGGACUUUUUUUGUAAUCGUAGAUUAGGGUUAUUUUGUCGAUACGUCCUGACGACUGUUUAUUUGAAAGACUGUUUAUUUAAAAAAAAAAUGUAAACGUUGUGUAACGAUCUUUUUUUUUACGUAUACAUAUAUACAUAUAUAUUUUUCCACAGAUGGUGUUCAAUAAUUGAUGUGUCUGCUUGCACGUUCAGUGGCAGAAUGAACUUGACUGUUGUUUUUUUAUUUGAAAUUUAUUAAAUGGUACGAUUAUUUAUUACGCAAUAUAUAUACAUGUAUAUGUUAGUGUAUAUAGCCUAAUUAAUAAGAGUAUAUUUACUAAGAAGAAGGCAGUCGUAUUUCUGCAACUGAACGAUAUUUAUUACUAUUUUUUUGUUUAUAGUAAUAAGAGAACAGUAAAAAAUAAAAAUGAUUAAUCGUGUUCCAUUAUAAGUGCUUGCUACGUUUCGGGUUGAUAAUGUCUUAUCGUUAUUUUAAAAACUAAGUAACAAGUAUCUUGUAUGUCAGAUAUUAACUGAGGGAUGUGGUAUUAAUGGCUACAUUAUUUCUUUUUAUCACUUUUUUUUUUCGUUUAAUCUCACUUUUUUUAUGUCCAACAUUCGAAUUCCGAAUCUUUAGUUAAAUCGUCGUCGCAUAUCUUUAGUACAGAGCCGCAUCGGAUAUUAAUUUGCUUGUUUUGUGUAUAGCUAAGUAGUUUCGUCCAUGGCUCAGUAAAAAAGACUUCCCCCUUAAAUAGAUUUCGAGUAUUUAUUGUAUUUAUUUUGUUAACUAUUACUAUUAUUAUUUAUUGAAUGCGGUAAAUUUUUUGUUUAUC